CUGGUCUAUUUCAAACAUCCAAUCAAAUUCGUCUCUCAAACCGGAAGCUGUAGAAUGAAGGGGGCGCGGGAAACGUUUCGGGUCACGGUCAGCAUCCCGAUUACUUUCAGAAAGCCACUCUCAGCCAAGAGUCAGGCAUUUACUGUAUUGUUUGUCUGGGUUGCCCGUUGAUAUGUGUGAAAAGAACAAGAAGGUAGUGUUAAUAGCAAAGAUUUUAUUUGUGCUCUUAUUUUGUUUAAUUUCUGUUUUUUUUUUAAACCAUCUCUCAAGGCUGUAAAUCUAUGCUAACAAGCUAGCUGUAAACUUGAUGUUUGUUUCUACUUUUCAGGUGAGCAAGUGGCUCAGCACGGUCUUUGGAGAUCAAACUAUUCCAGAAUAUGAAGUUAACACACGGACACUCGACAUACUGUACCAGUUCGCAGAAGCAAGUGAAGUUCGAUGCAAUGAGACUUCCCUGCUCAUUGAGGAUCAAAAACAGAAAACCUCUGAGUAUCAGGCUGAUGGUAAAGUGAACAUUGCAUGUACUGUUAAAUUUAGCUUAAGCGGUUCCUUGAAUGAUUGAGACACAUGGGGCAUAUUAUGUGUCACUGGUUCAACUUCAAGACUAGGUGAAAAAUCUGUCGAUGUGCCCUUGAGCAAGGCACUUAACCCUAAUUGCUCCUGUAAGUCGCUCUGGAUAAGAGCGUCUGCUAAAUGACAAAAAAAAAAAAAAGCCCCACUCUGGCUGACAUGUCUAAACACACUGCUGUGCAAAGGGUCUUCUUUCUUUUUUUGCACAAUGUUGUAUCUUUGAUUUAAACUAUCUUUCUAGGUGUUCAUCUCCAGGAUGUUGUUUUACAAGGAGUGGGCUUAUCCUCUGGAAGCUUGUCAAAACCUGCAUCAGAUUACCUGUCAGCAUUGAUGGCCAACGCUAAGGUACUUGGUGUCCGAGACACAUCUCUGAGCAGGUAAUGCACUGAUGUACAAUGCUGCCUAUCUAAAGAAGUACACACAGAAAGCCAUACAAAAUGGAUUCUCAUGAUAAACUUGCAAGAAAAUAAUCUUACAUCCAUGCUGUUUGUUUAGCUUUGUGCCUGCGGUGAAUAACCUGACCAAUGAGCUUCUGGAAUCUGAGAAGACGGACAGGAGACUUGAUAGGGAGCUCAAUGCCCUCAGAAAUAAACUUGGGGCCGUUCUUGUUCUACGGAAAACCUUACAAGAGUAAGAGGAUCACACAGUCAUGAACCUGAAAUGUUGCAUUAUUUGAAAUGCUCACAUCUGUAAAGCUCUAGAGUUCAUUCAUUUACAUAAUCAUCUGAUUACAGGGACAUCAAGAAAACAAUGAAAGCUCAAGAGGUGGAGAGUGCCAAAGCAGAAGAAAGACUACUGAAUAUGGACUUUGUCAAAGCAAAAUCCAAAGACCUCUCAUACCGAAACAAGAAGGCAGAGGUUAGUGCCUUUGACUUCUGUCAUCUUAUGUGCUGUUUAUGUUGUUUACUCCAUUUUCUUAAAAGGUCAAGAAAUCCUUUCUGGUUCGCUUCUAGUUUUGUUAUGUUGGAUUGGGGUAGCUUUUGAUUUAUUGAGCUGAGAAGUCAAAAGUCAACCUUGGAAACAUGGUUAGGUGGUUAGGGCUUUUUGACUGGUAGAAAUGCAUUUAUGUUAUCCAUUUGGCUUUUGUCAUAAGCAAUGCAUUUUCAUUCUCACCCUCAGGACCAGCUGGCAUCCAGACACAUGGAGAAUCGAAUCUCCCACCAAGCUCUCUUGGAGCUCUGUGAGGUAUCCUCAUGUUAUGAUUUUUUAAGAUGGAAGUGUUUGCUGUUCUCCUUUGCUGUGAAAUGUAUUGCAAUUAGUUUCUGUUCUUCCCUCUGCAGCAAGUUUCCACAUUGAAACAAGAAAUUCUACCUUUGUCAAAGAAACUAGAACCCUACAGAGAUUUGAGCCCAGUUAAGAAAUGUUUUUUUUAUUUUUUGAAACGGUCAUUUAAAUUUUCCUUUUUCUUUUGGUGAUAUGCUCUGCUUAAUGAAAUCAUUGUUCCCUAGAGUCCAUCUCUUGCUCAAGUGAAAAUUGAAGAGGCAAAGCGAGAAUUGGUGAGUUUUGCCAUUCUACAAUACAACAGGAAUAUUGUGAUGUUACUGUACAUUGUCACAAUUAUAUUUGAAUUGAACUGUUUUCUCCUUGUUUAAGGCUGCAGUUGAUGCUCAACUGGAGAUGAAGGUGGACUUCAUGAAUUCCUCCAUGCCUAAAGGGCGGCCUUUAAAAUGACACAUGAAUUUUGGGGAUUGUAAUUGUAGAAAGUAUAUGUAAUGAUAAUAAAUGUCAAUGGAAAUCGUAAUA